UCGGGGUCAGUGUGCUCUCAGUGAAACAGGAGAUUACGCCUGCUGAUUAGGACAGAACUUAGAUCAGCAGUGCGGCGGACGCACUGAUACAGCUGAAUGCGGCCCAUGUUGUGCGUGGGGUGGGGAAGGAGCUUUUGGCAAGUCAGCUUGUCCUCGAGCUUGGCACCAGCAGCAGAACGGUGGCAGCACACUGUGUGCAGACAGACUGGAGUGUUUACCAGUACAGUUGUAUCAAAACUGGUGUGUGUGCGGAUGGCGGGUGUGAGAGCGCACAGGAUGGAGCUCAGCACACACACCGUCUGGCCUGGCAAGGGCGAAUGCAGUCUUCUGAUGGAGACUGAGUGCCCUUGAGAUUGGAGCCGCCAGCAGGGAAGAUUGAUUUGUUGCUCUCUGCUGCUUCCACUGUGCCUUCAUACAUAAUAGGGACGUCAAGUGUCCCCUCCAUUUCUGCCAGCGAAGAAAGCAAAGUCCUUACAUCUCAAGUAUUUUGGAUUCGUCAUGAUUUCUCGAGACUUUGCACUUGUUUAUUCAUCAGAAUCAACCUAUUAAGCAGGAUUUCUUUGGGGCGAUUGACCACCAAACGGAAAUCUGGCUAUGGUGAUGCCUGUAGUUGAGGUAAAUUCGAGAUGGCAACAAUGCUCUGGGCAUGAUUUGUCUAGAGCAUCAAGUGCAGAAAAGCAAGAAGCCACCUUCAAGUCUGAAAUCUAUCAUCUUCUCUACACAGGAUCUGGAGAUAAGGACUCGGAGAGGGUAGAGAAGGGGCAUAGAGGUGUUGGGCAGGGGGCUGCUGGUACAUGUGGGGGCAGUGCACAUCCCUUGCUGGAAAGUGGAAGCCCACCUCACCCAUGCCGUCCCCUGCCCAACCCAGUCUCGCCGCCCUCUGCAAUGGUGACAUGAGUGCGUGCAUUACGGAGAAACCUGAUUUCAACCCAUAUUUUUUGUCUUUUUGGAAAACGCAAACAAUAGACUUGUAAAUUGAGGACUGCGUCUGUCCUGAUUCGUGUGGUCACAAGGUGAUGAUGCUGAUGUGUGGACGUGUAAGGCGGCUCUUCCGUCAGCUCACGCUGCAGACCAGCCUGCUGCUGCUCUUUCUCUUUUGUAUGGUCAGUGUCCUCAUCUCAGCCUAUUUCCUAUAUGGCGUCAAACGGGAGCUUGAACCAGCUGGAGCCGGAGGUGUGGUUGUCCCUGAAGAAGGUACAGCCGAUUGGGAAGAUCCUCGCGCAACUCCUUCCCCUCCUUCAGCAAGGGUUCUACCUGCCAGAACGGCCAAACCAGCAGACAUGUCUCGAACUGAUCCUGUAGUGCUUGUGUUCGUUGAGAGCUUGUAUUCCCAGUUGGGACAGGACAUUGUUGCCAUCUUGGAAUCUGGAAGAUUUCGGUAUCAGACAGAGAUUGCGCCUGGAAAAGGUGACAUGCCAACACUCACAGAUAAGAACCGGGGUCGAUUCACGUUGGUCAUCUACGAGAACAUCCUCAAGUAUGUCAACCUGGAUGCCUGGAAUAGAGAGUUGCUGGAUAAGUACUGUGUGGAGUACGGCGUUGGCAUCAUUGGCUUUUUCAAGGCUAAUGAAAACAGUUUGCAGAGCGCCCAGCUUAAGGGCUUUCCUCUCUUCCUGCACUCCAAUCUGGGUUUAAGGGACUGUAGUGUCAACCCAAAGUCUCCACUGCUGUUCAUCACCAAGGCCAGAGAAGUGGAGCAUGGACCCUUACCUGGAGAUGACUGGACUGUCUUCCAGUCCAACCAUACCACCUAUGAGCCUGUGCUGUUAGCUCGGGGACGGAGUACGGAGGCCAGCGGAGCUCCCGGACCCCUUCAUGCAGCUGUGGUUCAGGAUUUGGGUCUUCAUGAUGGCAUCCAGCGGGUACUCUUCGGCAACAACCUCAACUUUUGGCUGCACAAACUGGUAUUGGUGGACGCAGUGAGUUUCUUGACUGGAAAGCGCCUCUCGUUGGCCCUUGAGCGCUACAUACUGGUGGAUAUUGAUGACAUCUUUGUUGGGAAGGAGGGAACACGGAUGAAGGUGUCUGAUGUCAAGGCUCUACUGGAGACGCAGAAUGAACUUCGAAACCAUGUGCCCAAUUUCACCUUCAACUUGGGAUUCUCUGGAAAGUUCUUUCAUGCGGGCACAGAUGAGGAGGAUCUUGGAGAUGACCUGCUUCUGUCUUAUAGUAAGGAGUUCUGGUGGUUCCCACACAUGUGGAGUCACAUGCAGCCGCAUCUAUUUCACAACCAGUCGGUGCUGGCUGAACAAAUGCUGCUCAACCACAAGUUUGCAGAGGAGCAUGGCAUUCCUACAAACAUGGGCUAUGCAGUGGCUCCCCAUCACUCUGGAGUGUAUCCUAUCCAUCUGCAGCUGUACGAGGCCUGGAAGAAAGUGUGGGGCAUCAAAGUGACCAGUACAGAGGAGUAUCCGCACCUCAAACCUGCACGCUUCCGCAGGGGCUUUGUACACAGUGGCAUUAGUGUUUUACCCAGACAGACUUGUGGUCUCUUUACUCACACCAUCUUCUACAAUGAAUAUCCUGGAGGCUCUAAAGAAUUGGACAAACUCAUAUAUGGAGGAGAGCUUUUUCUCACUGUGCUACUUAACCCAAUCAGCAUCUUCAUGACCCACCUGUCCAACUACGGAAAUGACCGCCUUGGCUUGUACACCUUUAAGAACCUGGUGAAGUUCGUCCAGAUGUGGACCAAUCUAAGCCUGCAGACUCUCCCACCUGUUCAGCUGGCGCAGAAAUACUUCCAGAUCUUCCCCGAAGAGAGAGACCCCAUCUGGCAGGACCCCUGUGAGGACAAAAGGCAUAAAGACAUCUGGUCUAAGGAAAAGACCUGUGACCGUUUCCCCAAGCUGCUUAUCAUUGGACCUCAGAAGACUGGAACCACUGCCCUCUAUCUCUUUCUGAGCAUGCAUUCAGAUUUGACCAGUAACUACCCCAGCAAAGAGACCUUCGAGGAAAUCCAGUUCUUCAACGGCCGCAACUACCACAAAGGAAUUGACUGGUACAUGGAACAUUUCCCUCUACCUUCCAACACUAGCUCAGACUUCUACUUUGAGAAAAGUGCCAACUACUUUGACUCAGAGGUCGCAGCCCGGCGUGCAGCUGCUCUUCUGCCUAAAGCCAAAAUCAUCACCAUCCUUAUCAACCCGGCUGACAGAGCCUAUUCCUGGUAUCAGCACCAGAGAGCUCACGAUGAUCCUGUGGCUCAGAAAUAUACAUUCCAUGAUGUCAUCACUGCAGGCCGGGACGCGCCCAUUAAACUGAGGGUCCUGCAGAGCCGGUGUCUGGUGCCCGGGCUUUAUGCCACACACCUACAGCGGUGGCUCACACACUAUCACCCGAGUCAGAUAUUGGUCCUAGAUGGUCAGAUGCUGAGGACAGAACCAGCUUCAGUAAUGGACAAAAUCCAGAAGUUUUUAGGCCUAAUAAAUACACUCAACUACCACAAGAUACUUGCGUUCGAUCCGAAGAAGGGCUUCUGGUGUCAGCUGCUGGAUGGAGGCAAGACCAAAUGCUUGGGGAAGAGUAAAGGGAGGAGAUACCCAGACAUGGAUGUUGAUUCCCGAACCUUUCUGAGAGAGUAUUACCAUGAGCACAACAUUGAACUCUCCAAGCUGCUGUACAAAAUGGGUCAGCCGUUGCCCAGCUGGCUAAGAGAGGAGCUACUCCACAGCAGGUAACCUGAGGACAGGGGUGGGGACACAUUGGUCAGACAAUAGACACCCCUCCGUCUAUUUUGAGGGGACUCGCCCUCUUGUCCACCCCUGUCAAACACCAGCCAGUCAACUGGUCAGCUUUGUGGACCUUCAGUUUGGAGAACUGAGCUUCUAGAGGAAAAGACGGAGAGGACGCACAGUGGAGCGCUAGUGGCUUUGUUCCAUUUCGGAGAACAGUGAUGGGCCCAGGACAUCGCCCUGGGGCACACCUGCCACAGAACCUCAGCUAGUACAUGAGAUCACAACAGGAGGCUUCUAGAAGACAUGCUCCUUGCCUCUGGUGUGUUGAAGUACCAGGGAGACGUGAUGUCAGAGCUAAUGGACAUGCAAUAUAGGAGAGGAGGGCACAUAUCUCUCAUGACGGAUCUACACAAGGCCGUAACGGAUGAAUAAGUGCCAGAGCGAUACCUUAAAGUCAGACUCUGUUUACUUGGUUCAAUCUUAUUUUAACACUUAUUUCAUGUGUUGUGUUGCACAACACAAGGCUGUCCGCCUUGUAGUUUCAUUCUUCUACUUUUAAACUGUUUUUAUUUGGUAGGAUAUUGAGCCUAUUCAUUACAGCUGCACCCUCCAGGUUACAAAUGUGACGUUUAAAGGUGAAAUUUCAUUACGAUGUAUUUAUGGCUAUUAGUUGCGAAUCCACAGGACGGCUUAAUAAUGCGUGAUGAAUUGUGGUACUAAAACACAGAUAAGCUACAUCCAUAAUCAAUGUGACUGUAAAUAUGAAACUGUUAAAAAAAAAAAAAGCUGGGUAAGUUGUUGGAGCUUAAUGCAACCCGAUCAAGCCAAUUACAGAUCAAUUCACAAGAGGAUACAAAUUGAUGUUUUUUGACAAGCCACGAGGCGCUCAUCUUUGAAAUCUUAAUUGGAAUGAUGAAUGUGGAGAUCUAAAGCCGUGUGUUAUUUUGGCAUUAUAUCACAAACCUCACUGGAGCGUUAAAUAAGGCUAUUGCCGGUUUAAUAGUGAUUCAUAAAAGCUGCCCGCCAAUAAUAUUUUAUCAUCUUUUUUAAUGAAUGUUUUACCGUUUUUUUUAGCAUAUCACAACAUUUAAUCACUCUUCAUUCAGGGUUGUCAUCAGAAUGUGUCCAGGAAUGUAUUGCUUCUGCCAGGAGAACGUUUUAAAAGGCCAUUUUCUAUGACUUGUGUAUUCUGUAGGAACUGUCGACUGCUACUGAACCCUAGGAAUUACACCCAUGAAUGUAAGCAAGGAUGCUACGUAUAUAUAUAUAUAAAAUAGACACUAUGCCUUUUCAGUGGCAGGCAGGACCAUCUGCGUAAAGCUUCGGGGAAAGCCCAGUCGGUCUCUGGGGCUGAAUUAAACCACUGCGCUAAUGGAUUUCAUUUCUCUCGCUGCUGAAAUGAGAAGUCAUAAAACAAACCUGAAUCUAAUUUUAUGUAACAUAAAAUUAAUUGGAUUUAAUUUAGCUCUCUUCUGUUUUCCCAUCGAUCUCUUUUGUGCACUUUUCCUCCAAUGAACUAGACUGACUUGACUCAACAUAAAUAUCUAUAUCAGUCUCUAUUCGAGUGCAUUUCAUAAGGACGACACAAAAAGGCACCAAAAAGUACAAGUGAAGCUAUAUGUUUGAUGAUUGAUUGCCCCUGACGUUCCCUGCUUUCUGAUGGACACUUAGGGGAAGGGGUUUUGGCAAUAUUACAAAAGGAAACAGUAUCUAAGAGUGUUUAUUUUGGAUAAAAACAGAUCUUAUUUGUAAAAAAACAUUGUUUUCUUUCUUCGUUGACCUCAAAGUAUGACGCUUGACAAGCACAAUGUUUGUGUUGUUGACCAAGGAGCGGAAUAGCGUAUGACGCAUAUAGUUUGUCUUCACCACUGGAGGCUGUUCAGUUCUUCAGACCACCGGAAACUGUUCAGUUCUUCUGAGCAUUUUUUUGUAUUACAGGUUUUGUUUUUUUUGUUUUUUUUUGUUGACAUGUACAUCGUUUACCACCGUCUGCGGUACAGAAACAUGCACCUUACAUGCUGCUCUUAAAUUCAUCAUCAUCAUCACACAUAACGAUCUUAUUCUCCGCUUCAUCGUCUAGUAUUUCUGCUCCCAACACAACAACUGACUUCUAAUAAUGCAAUAUCAUGUUUCCUGGUAAACUGGGGAGUUUUGCACCUAGCACAAAUUACGUUCAAUGAAAUCUUCUCAGUGUACAAAGCCUGUUUGUUGUUUUGCGUGAAUAGAUCAGAAAAAUUAUUAAAUAUGAAUGGAUUAGUUAUGGUUUCGUUUUUUUCUAUACGGUUUACCACACACACACACACACACACACACACACACACACAGACGUGCAGAUGGUGCCCAUGACUUUCACACUGCCAAUAUUGUGCUUUCUGUAUCAUAAUGUAGGGUAUCCAUAGAUAGAGUAAAAUAACUGUAAGGAAAUAAUCAUCUGGACUGUACAAUCAAACCUACCGUUGUUAAUAUUUUUUAUUGUUGGUAGCCAAUAUUUUUGUGAUUAAUUUGCAAAUAAAGAAACCACUGUCUUUUUA